CAGCCUCUGUACUAGAAUCUGCCGCAAGUCACGUACGUUCCGAGGUGACAGCAGAUUAUUCCACUGCGACUUUUUUGGGAGCAGUAACGGGAUUCACACGGCUUUUUGACUGGGGGAAAAAACCAGCAGGUACACUACCCCGACAGCUGUUUCCGAGAAAAUGUUGUUUUUAUUUUUUUAAUGACAACGUAAAAAAUACGACUUUACUCUCAGUUUGGCAGAUACAAACGGUCUGGAGUCGGCCAAACAGCGCGGUGCUGGCAGAAAUGCGCGUCAGAUAGCUGUUUUAAGACAUUCUGUGUAUGUUUUGGAGGAACAGUCCGCCUAUAUUUUACUGAAUAAGUUUAAAAGUACAACUUCGAUAGACAGGCUAUCCUGCCAAAAAGGUCACGGUAGACUGUGGAACAACCUAAAACAUUAUUAUUAUUAUUAUUAUUAUUAUUAUUAUUAUUAUUAUUAGACUUUCAAAAACUAUCCUAACCCAUUAAAGUACAAUGCAACAAAAACUUCUGACCAAAACUUUCAAAAUAAAAGCAUUGUCGACAAAUGAUUUUGGAUGGUUUUUGGAUAGUGAAGGAAAGUCCUUUCCAGCAUAUAUUCUUGUGAUACUUUUUUUUUUCAACUUUUUGAUAUAUUUUUGUAAUGGCUGUUUGUGUAGCUAUUAAGGUGGCCUUUACUCUCACUCUUAUUUUGGAAACCAGCUUGCUCAUUUUCUGUCUUCCUGUUCUUUCCUGGGGGCUUUGUGCUUUCCUAUAAAACAGUCAGCAGAGUGUAGAGCAGCUAAACAAGUCGGAUGGGAACGCAUGCAGACAUGAGUCCUCUAUCCAAGGUUGUGAAUAAGGAAGAAAUUAAAACUGACUCCCACAAACUUGUCAAUGAUGAUGAUAAUGACCACAGACAUGCAGAUCAGCUGCUCCCCUGGAGGUUUAGCAGUGCUGACACUGGACCUGGAGACACUUUUGUGGGGGCCAAGGUAGAGCCCCAAGUUGGGACUGGUGUCAAAGCUGGAUUUGAUACAGGGUUCGAUACUGGAGGUGGCGUUACAUUUGGGACCAGCAGCAACAGUGUUACAGUUGCAGACAUGAAAGGUCAGAUCCAAGAAAAUGGGACUGGGGUUGAAGCUGGAAUUGAAGCUGUGAGUGAAGUCGGGAAAACAGUCAGAGAUAUAGCCAGGGCUGGGGCUGGGAAAAAUAGGGCCGGGAUCGUACCCUAUGCUCUUCCCUGGAGCGCCCAUCCCAGAUCCAAAGACCGGAGGUACCGCAGCAGUCACAGACUGGUGCUCCACUACAUCAUCCCCAGCAUGAACUCCUAUGGCAUGUGCAUCAUUGACAACUUCCUCGGGAGCAAAAUUGGAGACCGGGUUCUGCAAGAGGUCCAAGAGCUGCACCACUCCGGGAAGAUGCAGGACGGCAAGCUGGCCAGCAGAGGCCUGGACAACACUAGGAGUAUUCGUGGAGACCAGAUAGUUUGGGUGGAAGGAAACGAGCCAGGCUGCGAGAACAUCGGCUACCUGCUGUCGAAGAUGGACAAACUGGUCACCUACGCCGAUGGGAAGUUGGGGAAGCACAAGAUCAGAGGAAGGCACAAGGCUAUGGUGGCGUGUUACCCAGGAAAUGGGGCGGGUUAUGUCAAGCACGUGGACAAUCCCAACUGUGAUGGACGCUGCAUCACCUGCAUCUACUACCUCAACAAGAACUGGAAUGCCAAGGAGCAUGGCGGCAUCCUCAGGAUCUUUCCAGAAGGGAAGUCGUACGUGGCAGACAUCAAGCCACUUUUUGAUAGGCUGCUCUUCUUUUGGUCAGACCGCAGGAACCCACAUGAAGUGCAGCCUUCCUAUACCACCAGGUACGCCAUCACAGUUUGGUAUUUCGACUCUGAGGAGCGAGCCGAGGCCAAGAGACGCUUCAGAGACCUCACAGCAUCAAAGGCGCAGCAGGGCGGUAGCUCCAGCAGCUCCAGCUGAUCACGAGGAGGUGUCACCACCUAGUGUUCAACCUCCAAACCGCAGGAGAGGGCGGCAGGGUUCCUUCUGGUCGUCGAAGCUUCUGGAAAAGCUGAAAGAAAAGUUGAAAAACAAACAAAAAAAAAAGUUUUCACCCUGUCCUGAUCUAAGGACGGGCGUUUCUGACCUGCCUGCAUUUCUGCUGCUGCUCCUGCUGCUGCUAUAACCCGAGGCACUUUGGGCGACCUGCAGCUGUUCUGGACAUUCCCUGCUUUUCAUGAUGUUUCUGCAAUACGCAGCUGAUUUCGUCUGAGUGGAGAGAAAAACUGUACACUGUACUUUUUUUUUUUUUUUGGUAAAUUUUCUUUUAAAGCCUCGCCUUCAGAUGAGAGGAGGAGGAGAGUUUGCCGACAGCUUUCGGGGUUUACAGAGAGACAUGUUUUUAAACCACUGUGACGGAAGUUUCACACUUAAAUGUGUGCUUAAGAAGGAGGAGCACAGAACUGUUGCUUAAACUACAGAAGAAGAAAAAUUGUUUACCAGUAGAUGAUGCCUCGAUAUCCACCGACCAAUGAGGGCUGAACUUGAAAAAGAUGAAAAUACAUGUU